AUGGCGACUCCGCCUCCUGAGGCUGCUCUUGCGAUGAAGGAGGAGAAGCCUCAGCUUCCCCCCUCGCCGACGGGAAUUCCUGCGCCCGAUGCUGCGCCAACCAGCGUUCAAGCAGAGGCAAAAUCGGAUGUCCCUGUCGGUUCGACCGAAAGCAAUGGAAGCGCGAUCAAUGGCCAUACCCCUAAUAAGUCUUCCAUUACCAACGGUACCGGCACUGCCGCAUCCCCCCCGAAGUCGCCUGCACCCGCACCCACCACAGACUCUCUCGCGCCCGCCACCUCAGUCCAGAGUGCGACACCAGUGACUGCUGAAGCAACAUCCAACGAAGAAGUGAAGGAAGAAACCAAGGCUCCCGAGGGGACAGCCUCUCCAGCGCAACCGCAGGUCUCAGAAUCGAACACUCUGACUGCUGCGACUGAGUCUGCAGUCAAUACGACAUCCACCUCUCAACCCGCCCCUGCCACCGGCACGUCUUUAGAAUCGCUUGACGGCGCUGCCGGCAUCUCGGACAAGAUGGCUAUCGACAGCCCCCAGUAUGCUGCACCCAUGAGCGCUGAUCUUCCUCACCAUUCCACCGAAUUCUCCAACUCCAGUCUGCCUUCUCUCCAAACUGAUUGUGAAAUGACGGACGCCCCCAGUGCUCCUCUCUCCAGUGCCCCUCUCUCUCCCUCCAAGGUCUCUCGUGAACGCGAGGUAGACCCUAUGGAGGAGGAGCCUGCGGCCAAACGUACCAAGGUCGAAGCCGAGGAUCGGGCACCCGUGACUGUGCCAGUGGACGUCAAGCCUCCUACGCUGCCAAACCCCGCGGCCGAGACCCGCGGCCCGAUGCCCGCGGGUGGCCAAAACGGACUCACCAAGAUGCAGCACAAGUUCAUCUCGAAGAGUUUGUCGAGCCUGAAGCGCAUGCAUGACUCACGCUUUUACCGCGAACCCGUGGACCCCAUCAGACUAAACAUUCCCAAUUACACCAGUCUUAUCACCCGGCCUAUGGACCUGGGCACUAUGGAGAGGAAGCUCAAGAACAAUGAAUACUCGUCUCCGAGGGCGGUUGCUGAUGAUUUUGCUUUGAUGGUUCAGAACUCUCUGACCUUCAAUGGCCCUGACCAUCUGGUUGCCCAAGAGGGCCAGAAGCUGGAGGCCACGUUCAAGAAGCAGAUGCUGAACAUCCCCAAGCCUGAUGAGGUGGAGGAGAAGAAGCCGAAGAAGACGACGGAGAAGACCUCGGCCGCUCGCCGGGAACCUCGCACGUCUCUUGGUAGCCAGCCUAGCACCACGUUCGCCCUGGGUCCGGAGGGUCUGCCUGUUAUUCGUCGUGACUCUACGAACCCCGAUGGCCGCCCCAAGCGUUCGAUCCAUCCUCCUAAGCGUGAUCUCCCCUAUUCCACCAAGCCCAAGAAGAAGAAGUAUCAGUGGGAGCUGCGCUUCUGCCAGGAAGUUCUCGACGAGCUCCACAAGCCCAAAUACCAGCUGAUUGCGUGGGCCUUCUACCAGCCCGUGGAUCCUGUUGCCCUCAACAUUCCAACUUAUCAUAGCGUGAUUAAGAAGCCCAUGGACCUGUCCACCAUCCAGUCCAAGUUGAAGACUGGCCAGUACGAGAAUGCCAAGGAGUUUGAGUCUGACAUCAGACUCAUGUUCAAGAACUGCUACCGGUUCAACAUCGAGGGAGACCCGACUUAUGCGGCUGGACAGUCUCUCGAACAGGUUUUCGAUGAGAAGUGGGCGCAGAUGGCUGAAUAUUUGGAGAAGCACGAGCCGCACCAUGAUCAACAGACUGAUGACUCUGAUGAGGAUAGUGACGAGGAGAGCGAGGAGGAGGAUGAAGACACCGAGAAGCUCACCCUCUUGCAGCGCCAGAUUGCAGAGAUGUCUCGACAAGUCGAGAUGAUCACUCAGAAGAAGAAAAAGACCCCUCCUUCGUCCAAGAAGGCUGGCACCAAGGCCAAAUCGAUCAAGAAGGACGGUAAGAAGCUCGGUAGCAAGAAGGAAAAGAGACCCAAGACCAGCAGCUUCAAGCCGGAGAAGGCACGCUUCGUCACAUACCAUGAGAAGCAGGUUAUCUCCAACGGCAUCAGUAGUCUUCCCGAUAAGAAGAUGCAGGAAGCGCUUAAGAUCAUUCAGAACAACGUUCCUGCUCUAAAGGGUACUCAAGAGGCCGAGAUUGAACUGGACAUCGAUGAACUGCCCAACGAUGUCCUGUUGAUGCUUCUUAAGUUCGUCAAGAAGAACGUGCCCCACCUUAUGGACGACGAGGACUCCGCUCCUGCCGCCAACGUUGCGCCCUCCAAGCCAAAGAAGAACAAGCCGAUGAGCAAGAACGAGCAGGAGGCCCAGAUUUCCAUGCUGGAGAGUAACCUGUCUCGUUUCGCGGGCGGUGGCUCCCCUGUCCCAGUUCCCUCCGUCGAAGCCAACGAGUCCAGCGAGGACGAGUCUGACGACGACGAUUCGGAGGAGAGCGAGGAGGAGUAG